ACUGGUCGGGGGGCGGAGCCACCUGCCGUCCCGGACCCAGUCCGCUCCCACGUCGCGCGUCCGUCUGCCCACCUCCUCCGCUUCCUCCGUCUCCGCCAACGCCGGCUUCGUGUCGCGCGAGCGCGAGCCCGAGCCCGAGCCCGAGCGCGAGCCCGAGCCCGAGUCCGAGCCCGCGCGCGAGCCCGAGCCCGCCGCCGCCGCUCCAGAGCCCGCUGCUCCGGUCCCUGCCGCCCCGGCCCCGGCUCCGGCCCCGGCCCCGGCCCCAGCCCCGGCCCCAGCCCCAGCCCCGACUCCGCCCAACAUGGACAGCCGCAAGCUCAGCGAGCUCCAGGCCUUCAUCAGGCUCUGCCAGCAGGACCCGGGCCUUCUGCACACCGACGAGCUGCGGUUUCUCCGGGACUGGGUAGAGAGUAUGGGUGGUAAAAUUCCACCUGCUCCACAUAAGGCAAAAUCAGAAGAAAAAAUCAAGGAGGAAAAAACUGAAAGUAAGCAGCCCGAGGAAUCCCCCAAACUAGAAGAGCUAGAGAGUGAAGAAAGUGACGUAGAGAUCGAUAAUGAAGGAGUGAUUGAAGCAGAUACAGAUUCCCCUCAGGAAAUGGGAGAUGAAACUGCCGAGAUAACAGAUGAGAUGAUGGAUGAGGCCAAUGAAAAGAAAGUGGCGGCCAUUGAUGCCCUCAACAGUGGUGACCUUAAGACCGCCAUUCAGUUAUUCACGGAGGCCAUCAAACUGAAUCCCCGUUUGGCCAUUUUAUAUGCUAAGAGAGCCAGUAUCUUUAUAAAACUGCAAAAGCCCAAUGCUGCUAUUAGAGAUUGUGACAGAGCGAUUGAGAUAAACCCAGACUCCGCCCAGCCCUACAAAUGGCGAGGAAAAGCCCACAGACUCCUUGGCCACUGGGAGGAGUCAGCCCGUGAUCUUGCCAUGGCUUGCAAACUGGACUAUGAUGAAGAUGCCAGUGCUAUGCUGAAAGAAGUUCAGCCGAGGGCCCAGAAGAUUGCUGAGCAUCGGCGAAAAUAUGAACGAAAACGUGAGGAGCGAGAGAUCAAAGAGAGGCUAGAAAGGGUGAAGAAGGCCCGGGAGGAACAUGAGCGAGCCCAAAGGGAGGAAGAAGCCCGGCGAACUUCAGGAGCCCAAUUUGGCUCUUUUCCAGGUUUCCCUGGAGGCAUGCCAGGGAACUUUGGAGGAGGUGGCAUGCCUGGCAUGGGAGGGGCCAUGCCUGGUAUGGCAGGAAUGCCUGGGCUCAAUGAGAUUCUUAGUGACCCUGAAGUGCUUGCAGCCAUGCAGGACCCAGAGGUAAUGGUGGCGUUCCAGGAUGUGGCACAGAAUCCCGCGAACAUGUCCAAAUAUCAGAGUAACCCAAAGGUUAUGAAUCUCAUCAGCAAAUUGUCAGCCAAAUUUGGAGGUCAAGCAUAAAUGUCCUUUUAACAAAUAAAGCCCUUACUGACGGAAAAACAACCCAGAUCACUUAAUGGACCUCGCAAUAAUAUAAACCAAAUGUACCUCUGACCUUCUGAUGAAGAAAACUGGGGGGGCCUGGAAGAUAAUCCACCCCCCCCCCCCCAUGCAACAGGAGCAUUUUACAGUGAUUGGUUGGCCAUUAGUCUGUCAGAUGUUGUCCUACUCUGAGUCACAAACUUAAACAAAAGCAUUUUCCAAAACGUUAAAAUUACUUAAAGGAGAAAGGAAAGAUAGUGCAUAAAGUUAUUUUCUUCACUGAUCACUUUUGGCUUUCCCUUGGACUUGAUUAGAUUUCAGGGUGAGGAAAAAGAGACUUAUAUUAAAUGUUUCUGACCCAGUUAUGGUAGAAAAUUGGUCCAGUCAGAGAGAGGUGAAUAUUCUGCAUUUAACUGUAAAGUUUGAAGUGGGUUCAUGCCUAUUGGGAUCUUUUUUUAAUUCUGACACACUUUUUAAAAAAUGCUUCUUUUCAUGGUAAAACCAAAUGUGGGACCACCGAUGAUACUUGGUCAGAGCCAGUGAGGGCUGGCAGCGGUGUUGCCAGGUGUUCUCUCCUAUGUCCUUGUGGAAAGGAAUGAAACAGUCAGACCCUGCAUUGUGAUGAGGGCAUGCGUUUUGGGAAUGCUUCUGGGAGACUGGCUCCCCACCUUGGAAUCUUGAUUUCUCUGUCCAGCACGUCACCGUUAUAGUUGGUAUUUGUGUUUAGGAAAGGAAGAAGAAGGGUCCUUUUCUUCUUGGAUGUGAAUUGUUCUCCUUUCCUUAACAAGACACCUGGCCCCCUCUUGGGUCUGUGCUUUCAUUUGUUUUCCGGUCUUAUUUUGCCCUCAUUUUAUUAGGCAAAAAUAGCCCUCAUACAGUCAGUAUUUCUGAAGGCCACCAUUCAUAUUAUACUUAAUUGUGCAAGCAUCGCUGAAUGCUUGGUUUAAUGUAAAAUGCAAAACUGUGUUUCUCCAUAUAGGCCAAUGCUCAUUUGGCCAAGAAAUUUCAUUUUUAUUCAGUGGGACCCUGAGCACCCCAGCAUUACUUAUUUUUCUCUACCCAGAAGGAGGAAGUUCCUGGUUUUCUUUCUUUUACUUGGGAAAUAUCCCUUGACAAUUACAUUUGCAUUAAUCUUUCCAUUUUGGGGAAGGAGGGCAUGAGGAUUGCAUUAGUGGAUACAUAAUAAACAUGUAGGUGAAUGUGGCUAUAUGAUUCAAUAUUAAACACGUGAUUUAUGACUAGA